GCGCAGCUGAUGACGCUUUGAAGUGACGCUAAAGGGAGCGAGGAUAUCAUUACACUUGAUUCAAUUCCUACCUCCUCGCAUAUUUUCCUUGCGUCCUUCCCUCGCAUCCUGGAGGGGUGGAGCUAAGACGCGAGGAAAGGAAGCAAGGAAAGGAAACGAGGAUGCACAAAUAAGAAUUGAGAAGCACCCCAGAUGUGAAGACGGAGUCGCCGUCUAGGCAAGAAUGUACGGAUAAAAAUCGGUAUCAGGAAGAACUGAGAGAAGAUUCUGUCACUUGCCAUCAACGUGGGAUGUGUUUCAUUCAGCAAGCAAGCCUUAAGCAGCACAUGAGAAUUCACACUAGAGAGAAACUGUUCACCUGCUAUCAGUGUGGAAAGAGUUUCAGAAAACAAGACAACCUUAAACGUCACGUGGAGUCACGCUGGACAGAAGCCGUUCACCUGCUCUCAGUGUGGAAAGAGUUUCACAGUGAAACAAAGCUUUGAGAGACACAUGAAUAUCCACACUGGAGAGAAACUGUUCACCUGCUCUCAAUGUAGAAACAGUUUCACAGUGAAACAAAAGCUUGAAAGUCACAUGAAAAUUCACACUGGAGAGAAACUGUUCACCUGCUCUCAAUGUAGAAACAGUUUCACAGUGAAACAAAAGCUUGAAAGUCACAUGAAUAUCCACACUGGAGAGAAACUGUUCACCUGCUCUCAAUGUAGAAACAGUUUCACAGUGAAACAAAAGCUUGAAAGUCACAUGAAAAUUCACACUGGAGAGAAGCCUUUCACCUGCCCUCAGUGUGGAAAGAGUUUCACAGUGAAACAAAGCUUUGAGAGACACAUGAAUAUCCACACUGGAGAGAAACUGUUCACCUGCUCUCAAUGUAGAAACAGUUUCACAGUGAAACAAAAGCUUGAAAGUCACAUGAAUAUCCACACUGGAGAGAAACUGUUCACCUGCUCUCAAUGUAGAAACAGUUUCACAGUGAAACAAAAGCUUGAAAGUCACAUGAAAAUUCACACUGGAGAGAAGCCUUUCACCUGCCCUCAGUGUGGAAAGAGUUUCGCAUUGAAACAAAACCUUGAGAGUCACAUGAGGAUUCACACUGGAGAGAAGCUGUUCAUCUGCCCUCAAUGUGGAAAGAGUUUCACAGAACAAAGAAUCCUUAAAGUUCACAUGAGAAUUCACACUAGAGAAAAGCCUUUCACUUGCCAUCAAUGUGAAAAGAGUUUCACAAUGAAACAACAUUUUGAAAGUCACAUGAGAAUUCACACUAGAGAAAAGCCUUUCACUUGCCAUCAAUGUGAAAAGAGUUUCACAAUGAAACAACAUUUUGAAAGUCACAUGAGAAUUCACACUGGAGAAAAGCCUUUUAUUUGUCCUCAGUGUGGAAAGAGUUUCACAGUGAAACAAAGUCUUGAGAGACACAUGAGAAUUCACACUGGAGAGAACACUGGCUAAUGUCUAAUGCAGGGGUACAGGGGUAAAAUGGCAUCCAUCACAUGUGCAAAAAUGUGUUUGGAAUAACACCAGUGGGACAGACAUUGGUCAUGCUUGUACAACAGACAAUUUAAAUUGAGCCUAAUAACUUUUUCUGUUUUGUUGACUGCAUUUUUAGUUUGAUGAUGAAUAGGCUGUAAUGUCCAGUUAGCACUAGAAAUGAUAUCACAUGGAUUUUUUUCCUUAUGGCAGCAAAAGCAACUUAAAAUACUCAUUUAUUGUCAUACAGAUAAGAGUAAGACAUGAUUCAAAACUGUUAAGGGUCUUUGUUUGUUUAGGUUUAAAAUAGGACAAAACUUUUUCUUUUUGUAAAAUAAAGUAAAUAAACAAGAUGCACUUUCUGCUGUCUUGG